AUGACGCACAACGAGAACCUUAAGAUUGUUUUCGGGGCCAUGACUUUUGGUAAACCAAAUACUCUGGGCGCGCGUGUUCACGACGAAGAGGAGGCGGCGAAGAUUUUGGAUACUUUCAAGAAACAUGGUUACAAUGAGAUCGACACCGCCCGAAUUUACGGCGGCGGUUCCUGCGAAGAAAUCCUGGGAUCCUUGUUCUUGCAAGACCGCGGACUCAUUGUCGACACCAAACUCUACCCAAACGCCGGCGGAGCUGCCGCCUUCGAUGAUCCAUAUACGCACAGCCCCGAAGACGUCCGUCGUGGACUCUUGAACAGCCUGACAGCUCUCAAAAGUGACAGCGUCGACAUGUUCUAUCUUCAUGCCCCGGAUCGAGCGAUCCCCUUCGAGGAUACCCUUCGGGAAGUCAACAAGCUCUAUGAAGAAGGGCGAUUCAAGCGCCUCGGACUAAGCAACUAUAUGUCUUGGGAAGUUGCUCAGGUCUGCGAGAUCUGCAAUAAAAACGGAUGGGUCAUGCCAUCGGUCUAUCAGGGUGUCUACCAUGCUCUUCAGCGCAGCAUUGAGAGUGAACUAGUCCCUUGUUUGCGCAAAUAUGGCAUCUCUCUCUAUGCUUUCCAGCCUCUGGCUGGUGGUCUGCUCACUGGCCGAUAUAAGCGAGAGCAGACUGAGUUUGAGAAAGGGUCACGUUUCGAUCCCAAGAUGAUUCAGGGCACAGUUCACCGAAACCGGUACUGGAAUGAUGCCUAUUUUGAUGCGAUUGAUAUUAUUCAUUCGGCAGCAGCCAAGCAUGGUUUCACCGACGGAGAGGUCGCGUUGAGAUGGUUGAAAUACCACUCUCAGCUUAAGGAAGAUUUGAAUGAUGCCAUCCUCGUUGGAGCUAGCAGCGUGAAGCACCUCGAGGUGAAUCUGUUAGACUUGGAAAAGGGACCCCUCCCAGAUGAAGUUGUUCAGGCGGUUGGGAAUGCUUGGUUUCUGGUGAAGGGGGUGGCGCCAAACUAUUGGCACUAG